GGUGCGCCUCCAAGUAGAAGUCCCCGUUGCCCUCACGCAGAUCUCCUUCCCACCUUCCUUCGUUCCAUGGGACUUCUUCGACGCGACUACACCGGUUGAUCUGCAACCUGGGACUACCGUUCCAUAAUCAGUUCACCAUGGCUUCAUCAGAUCCCGAGAAGCGCGCCAUUUUCGCCGAUGAGAAAAAAGAUGGCCUGGUAUCCUCAAACGGGAGAGCCCCAAGGCGCCGCCGCGUGUGGCAUUGGUUCGCUAUCUGCCUCGCCGCCAUCGUCGUUUUCUCAAUCGGGGUGACAUCCCGUCGGUGCUCCGCCGCGACUUCACUGUUCACAAGCCAUGGCGUACCGCAAAACUGUCAUGUUCGCCCGCCACCAGCCACGACCCCGCGGACGACGACGGCUACUACUUCGGCUGCAGCACCGGACAGGACCGUCCUCAAAACCUUCGAAGUAGCUCAGCCGGUUUUGAUGCCCGGUGGCCCUGCCGAAAGUGACGGCUCAACUCGCCAUGGAGAAGACUAUUCGCCUGAGUUGUGUACCGUCUUAUUGAUGCGCCAUGAUUUUGCUUGGAGUUAUAAUGCCCCGUUUAUUGGGGAAUACACCCCGCCUAAGUGCGAGUUCAAUCGAGUGGUGCUUAACUUUAGCGUUGUGAGCCAGGGCCGGCAGUUUGAUAGGCUUGCUAUCAUGUAUCUCGGCGAUACUGAAGUCUGGAGAACAUCCACAGCUGAACCCACCGCUCCCCCGGGCAUCAGUUGGAUCUACCUUAAGGACAUGACCCAUUACUUGUACUUUUGGAGAUCUCCUCAAAAGAUCAUCUUUGAUCUUGGCAACCUAAUCGACGACAAGUACACGGGCAUAUUCAAUACGACUAUGACCGCUAUCUUUUACAACGACGACGUUAAAACAGACCAGGCACCGCCAAGUGACUUGAUCAUCCCGAUCUCAUCGCGUCAAGGAGCGAACGAUUCGAUCAGCCGGUUCAUAUUGCCGGCCGAGAAGGCGACAAAUACGAUCAGCCUCCCGCGGAACAUUCGCCGUGCCGUUUUCUCCGUCUCAGCCAACGGCCAGGCAAGCGAGGAAUUUUGGUGGAGUAACGUCCUGCAGACCGACGUCUACACCUUCAACGACACGGCGGGCCAGCUUCCGGGUCUCAGUCCUUUCCGCGAAGUUCAGGUGUUCAUCGACGGAGCACUCGCCGGGGUUCAAUGGCCCUUCCCGGUCAUUUUUACCGGCGGAGUCGUUCCCUCGCUACACCGGCCCAUCGUAGGCAUCCAUGCGUUUGACCUGCGCGAGCACGAGAUAGACAUUACCCCCUUCCUAGGUCUGCUCUGCGACGGCCAUGAGCACACCUUCACCAUCCGCGUAGCCGGCCUCGACAAUACUGGUGGCCCCGACAGCACCACGGCCUCGCUCACCUACGCCGUCAACGAAAGCUGGUACGUAACCGGCAAGCUCUUCCUCUGGCUCGACCCAGACCCGUCCUCCAUCACGCGCGGUGAAAUCCCCGUCAUGAGCCACCCCCUCCCCACCAUCGAGGUCACCCGCUCCGUUACAACCUCCACCACCAACGGCACCACGCACAACGAGACCCUCGCCUACACCACCUCCGUCCACCGCGCCCUGCGCAUCACCACAGGCUCGACCACAUGGACGCAGAACCUGCGAUACACCAACAACGGCCACAUCACCGCCGCCGGCUUCAGCCAAGCCAACGACGUCCUCGUCACGGGCACCGACACCCUGCGCACCGCGGCCGAGCCCCACUACUACGGCGCCCACUACGAGUAUCCCGUCUUCUGCAACUCGUCGUACGCCGUCUCGCCCCAGGGGAACCUGUCCAUCCGGGCGCACCUCGGCCAGGGGAAAACGACCGCCGUGACGGGCGCGAGCGUGUUUCCGACCGGGCAGGAGGCGUUUGCCGGGUUUACUGGCCGGGGUUUGGUCACUCACCUGCAGACGAGAAAGGAGGGCACGGCCGAGUUUCGGCAGAGCGGGGAUGGGACGGUCAGUAGCGGGUGGGGGGACGCGUGGCAGGUGUUUUGGUUGGGGGUUGACGGGGAUCCUGACGGGGAGACGUUGUAUUCUAGGCGGGUGCAGGCUGUGAAUGGGACUUUGGUGGAGGAUGUGAGGAGGAUGGAGGGGAGGGAGUUGGGGAGUGGCCCUCGGAAGAGCGGGGAAUGGGUUCUGGAUGCUGCGGCGACGGAGUAUGCUUAGGUAGGUAGUGUGUAAGGUAAGUUUCAAGAGAAUGUGUGGUUUUGGCCGAGGGCUUACAAACUCAACUGUUGUGCUCUGUCUGAGCGUAGUAACCAGGGCACCUAAUGUAUUGUGCAAGCGUCGCAAAAGGGCUAUCCAUCGGCACAUGGCUUUUUGUGUAGGUAGGUAGGUCGUCAUAGAUUUGGUGUCCAACCAAAACCUUACCUGUCACGUUCUGGCCAAAAAUGCCGUACUCCAAAAGAAAAGGGAAAAAAAAAGAAAAAAGAAAAGAAAGAAGAUAGAGCUAGGCAAAAGGUAGAUUAAAUGAAAGAAAUAUCGAGAAACCCAAACUGAAUAAAAGCAAUCGAGCAAAAGAAAAGUAAAUUGAGCAAAUGAAGCUUCUUUUGGCUACCGGAGAGCUUUCGUCUCGUUCCUACAAUCGUGGUUUAGUCGACGUCUGCCCUCGGACCACGGCUUUGUUUGCCUCUGGGGUGCCUGCUGUCGCAAAGUAAUUGC